AUGUCCAGGCCAUGGCGGCCAGAGGCCUCUUGGAUGCCAAGACAUGUUCCUGGAGGCUUUCCGGUGAUAGUCGUUGGAAGAGAAGGCGCAGCGAACGACUGGGUGGCUGUGCUGACUGCCCGUGGUGUCAAAUGCCGCAAGGUUGCUACUGUUGAUGAGGCAACUGCUGGCUUGUUCAAGGGCGUACAGGUAUUGUUUGGGUACGGUAGACGGGGGUUUACAUAUCAGCCGGAUUAUCCAUACGAUACACAGGUGCUCGAUUGGCACGUUACGCCCUGGACAUCUGGUACGGCACACUCUGAUGCCUAUGCAAAGUAUGUCAACAUGCCGCUUGCCGCUACUGCAGACGUCAUGGGGAUUCUGGGACCCUAUGUCUGGGAUGAUUUUGAUAAGUUGGUUUCCAAGGCUGUGCCGCGUGGCGAGGUGGACUCUCACACGUGGGAACUCUUUUGGCAGUUUCUUGACAAAGGAAGGGCGUCGGAAGCCGUACGCGUAGGGGAUCUCGGUACAGCCUAUGAGCCUCGCGCCGGCUCAUACAAUGUCCACGACAGGAUGAGGGAGCGUUUCGAAGAUUCGACAAAGGGAGGGAACGAUCCCGGUAUUCAGCCUGUUCGCCAAAAGUCAAAGCCUCUUUGGAAACGAGACAAGUUCCACAAGCGUCGCCACUAUUUUGAUAUUGCGACUUUGCUCGUGCUGGCCAUAGACAAGUGGACGUCUGAGGGCCACGGGCCGAAAUUCAAGGACGUGGCCAAACAGCUGCUUCGAGCCUGCGUAGCUGCGGAAAUGUCGUAUGAGCGCAUGUACCUUACGCUCUUCUGGCUGCUAACGUCGCCCUACUGGGCUGAGUUGUCGAAUUUCGUUUUGGACAGACAUCUGCUCUAUCUUGAUGACGAGGACUGGCGGGCCGCCUUCAAGGAAGUCACGGCCCAAGUAACAAGGACAUGGUUCUUCCCUGGCACCAAUGUGCAGGUUAUUUCGUCCGCAUAUUUCAUCAACGCUGAAGACCUCGUGGGACACCCAGAUCCGAAUGUACUUGCCGGUGCCGUGUCACUUGAGAUACUGGACUUUGCUGUGAAUAAUUUGGAUACCACCUUCAUCAAUCGCAAGGGGCGUAGUUUCGAAGCGCACCUGGAUCUAUUCUCACGAGCUGUGGAGUUGCUUUUGGAACCAAUCUAUCAGCAAUUCGCAAAUAAGGCCAUGACGUACGAUGAACUGCUGGAAACACGAGCUGUAUGGGGCACCACCUCUGCGGAGACAGCGCUGAAAAAUCACAAAGAUGGCAUCACUCGGUCUGCCCCUCCUGGAAAGCAAAACCAGCUUUCCGAGGAGCUCCAUUUCAUGCCACUCAGGAACCGCUCUCCUGAGGUAGGCCGAGAGAUAGGAGAGUGUCCUAGGCAGGCAAUGAAGAGGUAUUUAAACUCAAUUAUCGGUACCGAGGGCCUCGGAAGCUCCCAGUAUGAUGGAGUGACGCUACUGUGCUGGGACUGGCGUGCUUGGGAUCACUAUGUGCAUUGUGUUGAGCGCCGCCUGAUGCUGAAUGCUAUGGAACGGCUGACUGAGCGUUACGUGUGCGGACCGGCCUUGCCAGACAUACUUGCUGAGUUGCAACAGUUGAAAGCUGGUACUGAUGAGCUUAUUUGCAAGUCGCGAUGGUAUGCAGCUGAGCAGUACAAGAAACAGGUCGACGAAAUGAUUUCAGUCUCUGGUGGCAGUGCUAGCAGGUUGAACAACUGCACCGGUAGAUUUGCGGUAUCGGUAAAGAUGCCUCUAGAUCAGCAGUUGGAUCGCCGAUCUCUGUUGAGUGGCACUUCCAAUAUCGACAGCUCUCGCCUCGUCAUAUGGGACUCAUGGCUCAUCCCCGGUAGUGCAGACGUGCGGCAUCGAACGUCCAUGUUCGUUUGCAACCGAGCCGAUGAUGUAGCAGAGAUUCUUCGCUCGAUGAACCAUGCCGAGGCUGUCAUCUCGACAGCACUAGCCCAGGAUCACAAGACAGAUUCGAAAGAAGAAGUCACUCAGAUCCGUAGUAUGGUCUAUCUGCGUAGCCCUCGUCCGAGUGGCUCCAUCCGCGCUUUCCCAGUAAGAGCCAUGUACGCCGCGGCAACCGCACACCCAGACAAGAUCGCAAGCAUACAGGCUUCGUACGCUGCCAAGUUGCGUUCUCUCGCGAAAGCCCUUGACACGUGGGCGAGGUGCGGCGGCUGGAUCGGUAUGGCGCGCGUGCUUUAUGAUGACGCUCUGAAGUUCUUCUCCAAGACGCGCGUCUGGCAAUACACCGCAGCAGGCGGGCGUGCCCCCGUGGAUGUGCGUGUUCCGCGUGAGAUCAUAGAAGCAAGCCCUGAGCGCGGGGGACUAGGCAUUUCGCCUCCUGGUGUCUACCGCAUGGACGACCCUGCUAGACACAAGUCUGCGGAUCACUGGCAUGAUGUGUCCAAGGCAUGGGAGGAACGAUUAGAGCGAUACGUCACGAAGAUACGAGCUUCUCAGCCUGGCUCAACGAGCAGGAACCUGACCGUACGCCCUGAAGAUUUCCUUGAGCGCGAGACCGGGGAGCCAUCUACACGCAAGACUAGGCGCGAUCUCUCCGACGCGUUCGAGGCAGACUGGCGUGUACGAAAGAGGUGA